AUGGCCGGCGAGACACGAGCGAACGGGCCCGACGGUCCCCACCCCGUCGCUGUCGUCGAGGAAGCAACGACGAAUGGAGAGGAAACACGAACACCGCAUUCCUCAGACAACGUGACGAACCAAGACACCGAGAAUCAGGCACCAUCAUCACGCAUCGCUUCCGAAACAAAAGACGACCGUGCUGAUAACGUUCAUCGCAUACCACAUGGAGACGGCACGCCCCAUGGGCCGGCCCCGAGCGGCGCCCUCGAAGACCACGUCCAGAGCAAAGCCAAUCCCCAGGCGACCGGCCACAAAGCCCCUCAGCAAAAGCCACAUCACCAUUCUGGCGACCUCAAAAUUGCCCUGGCGGAGCACAAGAAGAAAUUGAAGGAGAACUUGAAGGACGCCCCGCCCGGCGGCUUCGACCCGACACCUCUGCCCGAUGCUCCUCCAGGCUUCACCGUUCGCUUCAUCUUCCACCGUGCAUCCAACCUGCCUGCUGCCGAUCUCAAGACGCAAUCAUCCGACCCCUUUGUCCAUGCCACCCUCAAGGCACCUGUACCGAAACGACACAGCGAGGACCCCGACCUGUAUCGCCGCACCCGGACCAUGCGCCGCACGACCGAACCCGUCUGGGAUGAGGAAUGGAUCGUUGCCAACAUCCCAGCCGCCGGCUUCACCCUCAAGUGUCGCAUCUAUGACGAGGACUACCCCGACUCGGACGACCGUCUCGGUAACGUGACGAUCAAGGUCAACCAUGUCAGCGAAGACUGGGCCGGGAUCCCGCCGCCAGGGCGUGAGUUCAAGGCCAAGAAGCGCAUGGGUAGCAAGCGAGCCUACUUUUUCAAGGCCAUCACGAGCCGUUUUGAUCCCCACGUCGACAUGACGCCGAGUCUCUGGGUCAGCAUGCAGGUGAUCGGUCGGUCUAACCCGCCUCACGCCCAGAUGUACACCAUCGGGCCCUCUAUCUACUUUAAGCAUUUCAGCCCUACCAUCGGACGCCUGACAGGGACCAAAGUCAACAAGGACAACCAGGACGACCUCAGAAAGGAGCACUCGGAAGAGGAACCCGAGCCCAAGAAGAUGCAGAAAUACGACUUUCAAUCCAACGAGAUGCAUCUCUCAGGCCCCGUCCCCUCCGAGUUGUACCACCGCUACGUCGAGUUUCGCCCCUCGAUCGCUCUCAUGUUCGCUGGCAAGGGCCUCCGCGGCCGCAUCCUCAACAAGGCGCUCCACAAACAGCACCGCCGCGUCUACAACUUCAGUCCGACGACCGAGGCUGGGACCUUUGCGCCUUGCUCCGAGGAAGCCUCGCAGCAGUUCCUCCGCCUCGCUCACUUUGACGAGGGCGGUCGCAUCUUCACAUAUGUGUUGACCCUCGACGGCAUGUUCCGCUUCACCGAGACGGGCAGCGAAUUCAGCAUCGACAUGCUGAGCAAGCACACAAUGCACAGCGAUGUCGCGACCUACAUUGCCUGCUCGGGCGAAUUCUUCAUCCGUCGCCUCGACCGACCAUCGGCUUCGUCGGAUCCCGAGCCCGCGGAAAACACGCACCCAGCGAAAGACAUACCCGGGGGUCCACCAACCGAGCCCCCGCCCGACGACCCGGCAUACUACCAACUCAUCAUCGACAACGACUCGGGCACGUACCGGCCUGACGAGUCGGUGCUGCCGCUGCUGCGCGACUUUCUUGAACAUAAUUUUCCCGGCCUCGGCGUCGUCGCGAUGCACUGCGCCGACGAGCGCCUCGUCUCCAUGAAGAAGCAGCAGGUCGAGUACAAGAAGGCCGCCGGACAGCGGGUCAACAUGGUCAUGAACCGGAGCCCGAGCUCGAGCUCCAUGAGCUCGCUGAGCUCGGUUGGCAGCGACCUUGACGAUCUUGAUCGCUCCGACUACGCGGGACGGGCGCAGAAGACCAAGAGGGAACAGGCUCUCGAGUUUGUUGAAGAUCCGAGACGGGUCAAGGCCGUGCUCAGUGGUGGACAUGCCGAUGCCACUGGGUCGUGA